CGUUUCUGAACACAAGUUACAUAAGGGGAAAAUUAUCCAAGGAUAAUUCCAACUGUUAUAGCAACUUCGGAAUGAAAAUAAAUUCGAUUUGAUCGGAAUUGUGAUAACGUUUUGUUUCUAAACCUUGAAUUUCGAUACGUUUUAGAAGUAGUAAUCGUUUUUGUUUUUAAUGUGAAGAAUAAGAUGUAUUUGAAUAGACUACUUUUAAACUUUCUUUUUUCCUUUUCUUGAAAAUUUUAGUUGUAAGAUAUUCUUUGGACGCAUGAAUAUCUGAGAGAAAAACUAUCAAUUUUGGAGAAUGACAGACGUAUUCCUCAAUGAAAAUUCUCAUCAAGAAAUUCUAUAUUCUAGUAGCAAGGUUAUUGUUAGUCCAUCGAAGUCUCUUUCCGAAUUUGAGGAUAAAAAGUCCUGGGGUGGAUGCAUUCCCAAGCGUAUCAUCUUCACCCUUGUUGGUUUCUUGGCCACAACACUGGCUCUGACCUUAAAUACGAAUCUCAGCCUGGCUAUCGUUUCAAUGGUGGACAGAUCGAGCGACUCUAUUGGACAGGUUAAAACAUCAAACGAAUGUCUUUCAAAUCAAGUACAUCAUAAUCACUCUCAACGUGCGAAUUACAUAAGAAAAGGAGAAUUUCAUUGGAGUCCAGAAACAGAAGGUUUUUUGAUAGGCUGUCUGUAUUAUGGUCAAUUAAUUGGUGUUUUACCCGGAGGUCGAAUGGCGGAGUUAUACGGAGGAAAAAGAACGCUGAUUAGCUUCUUUCUGUUGGCAUCGGUCUGUACAUUCAUUGCUCCAUUUGCGGCCAGAGUUUCCGUGUACUUAUUUGCGGUGUGCAGGUUUCUUGUUGGUGUUGGGACGGCUCCAGUUGUUCCCAUAUUGUUCUACCUUCUUUCGAGAUGGAUUCCGGAAUCAGAGAGAAGCCUCACUUCUUCUUGUCUUUUGGCGGGAUUUGGCGUCGGAGCUUUCGUUUCUUUUUUAACUGCUGGCGAACUUUGUUUCUCUGACCUCUUUGGUGGAUGGCCCUCAGUAUUCUAUUUUGGAGGUCUCAGUGGUUUGUUAUGGUGCCUUUUAUGCUAUAUGUGUAUUUCUGAGAGACCAAUAGAUCACCCAUCUAUAACUGCAAAGGAAUUGAAAUAUAUUACUGAAAAUUUAGGAACAACAAAGCAAAAAAAGAUAAAAAUUAUCCCUUGGAAAUCUAUCUUGAGAUCCAAAGCUUUCUGGUCCUUGGCAGCUGCAUACUUUGGACAGUUUUGGAUUCUUGGAUUCUUCUGCUCAGUGCAAGCAUUUUAUAUGGGAACAGUAUUAAACAUGGACAGUAAAAUGACAGGUGAACUUUCUUGCCUGCCCCAUUUGUCUCGUGCAUUGUUUGCUUGUAUUUGCGGUUUACCAAUAGACUGGGCCCUGAAAAAGGGAUACACGAGCAAAGAAUUCGUGCGGAAAGGAGCAACCACACUAAAUUCGUUGUUUGCCUGCAUCGGGUUCAUAGGUAUUAUAUAUGCUGGCUGUGAUCCUACACUGAAUACAGUAUUCUUCACUUUUGGUGGACUUUUAGCUGACUUCAUUACCUUUGGAGUUUGCUUAAAUGGAGUAGACAUCGCACCCAAUUUAUCAGGAACUUUGUCUGCGAUUUUAACCCUUGUUGGAGUGGUUCCCUUCUUUGUUAUUCCAGCUUUAGUUGGAAUUUUCACAAAAUAUGAGCGGUCUAGGGCUCAAUGGAGAUUCGUUUAUUACAUAAUUAUGGGCGUUGUUGCAACUACUACAUUGGUAUUUGUUUUCUGCGGAACUUCUGAACCUCAAGAUUGGGGAAGUUAUGACGACACAGAUAAAGGGAAAGAUGAACUGGAAACCAAACUGAAACCAGAAGAAGAGUGAUAGCUGUUAUCUUUACUGUAAAAAUGUAUCAUUUGUUCAAUAAAUAUUAUCUUUUAAA